AUGGAGGGAAGUCUUACAGUCCUUGGUUUUGUUUGGAUACUUUUUUCUAGUUCAUUGCUGGAGAUAAAGGCCAUAGCACCCCUAACUUGCUCUAAAUGUAAUACAGGGAGGUUUUUUCUGGUAAGUACUGAUCGCGUAUUAUACAGUUUUCUCCCAGUUUCAUGAUCAUGAGGCAAUGAUUGGUUUGCGACGCUAUUGCUAUUCUGAAAUCACCACUUCUGGGGCUCCGGUGCGACCCUGUUGACUAGGAGCAGAUUACUAAAGAUUUCCAGACAUUACCGGCUAGAGAAUUUCACUUCAGUUUUAAACUUGUGUCAAGGAACAGUUAACCAUACUAAUUCCCACCGACACUUUCGCUGGAGAGAGCGGCUAGUUAUCACAAGUUAACUAUCUUGUUUAUAAAUUUGUCGAAAUUUACCUGGUACGGGGUCAUGCGUGUAUCCCUGAGCGACACAGAGUGAAUCGGCACCGUUUUGCUAAAUUUCUAUCGCUUUAGGUUUUGUCCACAGUUGCCAAGCAAUAAUACGCGACAAAAAAAAAUGAACUUGGUUGUUUUCGGAGCUGUUUUAGCAGUCAAGAAGAAUGUCGACGGCGAAAGUGCUAUCAUGAGAAAAUGGAAGCUAUUAGACCAUCUACUUCGGAAUCGGAGCAAAAAUCGAUUGAAGAAAACAUUUGUUUUGCAUUUUGCCUCACUGGCGACUUUUAUCGGUUCUGUCGGCCAUAUGUUCUUCAAGAGCAAAAAAAGAAAAGAGUUAAAGUUCGGCUAAAUCGCCGGCAAUUUCGGUCGAUUUUCGUUGACUGGUUGAAGUCAAAAAUUAAAAAAAAAAAAAAAGAUUUAAAGAAAUGUGGGAGUAAUUUUUGCGGUGAAGGCAACAUUGGCCAAAAUUCCUUAACCGAGCCGAGAUCGCCCGGGGACUACCCACAUACCCUGCCCUCAGCAGGAUUUUAAAGGGGAUUUGAAAAUAAAAUUUUCACCAAUUCCAGGCUUUCGGGUGGCUUUCUGAGGACAAUUUACAAAAUUUUGUUUGAAACAAAAAAAAAAAAUAAAUAAAAAUAAAAGGAUAAAUAAGAAACAAAUAAAUAAAUAAACCUUUUAUCUGAUCACAUUGGAAAGCUUAUCAGUGAAAUGGGGAAGUUUGCCUCUCUAUCUGUCCGGCUUGUCACUAAAAGUUUUAUAAAUCAAUAAAUGUUUUGUAUUUCUUGCUUUCUAGGAUUCUCAAAAACGCAAAGACACUGCAGGAUAUAAGUUAGCAAAUGGCAAGCGAUCCAUGCAGGUGAACAUUGAAACAAAACCGCAAUAUUGA